AACAACAAAAAAAUCUACUUUCUUUACCAAGCUUUUCCACUAACUCAAAAAGACUCACCCUUAUUCUUUGCUUUUGUUGGCUUUGGAUUGUUGUAGAUCUACCAAGAAGAAAAGAUGAUUCAAGAACUCCUAGCAGGCGCCGGUUUUAUUGCAAGUGAGAGGAAGUUUUCCAUCACUGGAACCAUUUUGGAAGGCACUCCUUCUCUUUCACCUUCUCCUGUUUCUUCUUCUUCUUCUUCUAGUACUACUGCUGCUGCUGCUGCUGCUUCUGCUUCUACUGCAACAACUACUGUCACCUCUACUAAUUCAAACUCUUCAUCCAGUUCUGAGAAUCAAAACUUGAGGUGCCCACGUUGUGAUUCUUCUAAUACCAAGUUUUGUUACUACAACAACUAUAAUCUUACUCAGCCUCGCCACUUCUGCAAGACUUGCCGUCGUUAUUGGACUAAAGGUGGUGCUUUGAGAAAUGUUCCCAUUGGUGGUGGAUGUCGCAAAAACAAGAACACCACUGUGUCUACUUCUAUUGCUAAAUCAUCUACUGCUUCUAAGAUGAAAACUGUUGCAUAUGAGUUUGGAAGAUCGGGCCUUGGUAAUGGAUUUGAUCAUCAUGAUCUUCCAUCAAACCCAAUUUUGUGGGCUUCACCUCAAAGUUCUCAGCUUUUAGCCUUACUCAGAUCCUCACACUCACAAAACCCUAAUGUUAAUUCUGUGAAAGAGGAGGCAGGUUUAAUUGGAACUACUCAUCAUGUGAUGGGUGAGCCACCUGUUGCAACUUCUGCACUAAAUUCCAGAACCAUGAUGUUGGAUCCUCUUAAUCAGCAGGUUCCUUCUCUAGGUCUUUGCAGCCCAAUUUGGAAAAACUCUCAUCAGCAAGCUCAAAACUCUUACCAACAAAAUGGUUUCUUAGUUGGCCAUGAGGCUCAAAACUCAGGGAUUCAAGAACUGUAUCAGAGGCUCAAAUCAUCAACUAACUAUUAUGCUGAUCACUCAACAACACCACUGCUUCUGGGCAAUGCUGCUUCUUCUUCAUCAUCAUCUUCAACAACAACAACAACAACCAUUUUAGAGUCAUCUCCAGUGGCCCCAAGUGAAUUGAGUUUCUGGAAUCCAACUCUCUCUUGGUCCGAUCUCCCCACAACUAAUGGUGCAUAUCCUUGAAAACCUCUUUCUUUCUUUCCUUUAUAUGAUAAUGUUGUUGUUACUGUGGUUUUCUGGGUUGUGGUAUAUGAAUAUGGAUGUAGCUUCAGGUUUUACCCUCUAUUAUGUUAUUAAGUGCGUGCUUAAUUACAGUGUGUUUUAACUUAUUUAUGAAGAUGAAUCAACUAUCAAGAAGUGUUACAAAUGAGAUA